UGCGAAAAAGUCUGCCGUGCAGCGGCGGCCAUCAGUAGUUGCCUCAGAGCCCGCGGGUUGAAGAAAUCGUACGCAUCGAGCGAGUGACAAGCGCCGCGUCUCACCAAACAAAGAAAAGCAAAAGCAGAGCCCCAAAAAAAGGAGAAAAGGAAAACCAAAAAAACCAAAUAAAAAACAACAAAAAUCCAACAGAAAAACGUAGAAAACCCGCUACACUGACACAAAAACAUAGCCAGUCCAACGAAUAUUUUGUAGUAACCUCCCGCAACAAAAAACCAAAAAAAAAAAAAACAAUCGCAACAAAAUGCUGCCACAAAUCGCAGGCAAAUGAGCCCGCUAGCCCGCAACGGCUCCCAUCUGCGGCUGCUGCAGAGCAGCGAGUCCGAGCCCGGUCCCGCAUCCGCACUCGCAUCCGCAUACGCAUCCGUCUCCAUAUCCGCAUCCGCAUCCGCAUCCACAUCCGCAUCAUCCACUCGCCGCGUCUCCCAGUGUGUGUGCCAGUGUUCAGCCGAAGCGGACCGCCAGCAAUUGCAGUGUAAGGCGUCCGCCAAUCGCAUCCAAGCAGCAAACUAAUCUUAACGGCGCCGUGAGUCGCAUCUGAAAUUGAGUUUCGCUUCCGGUUCCGCCGCGCGUAGCCCAUUCCGUUUGGCCAAGUCGGUCGGUUGGUCCGUUCAGAGACGUUCUGUUGCGUUCCGUUCCGCUCCGCUCGGUCUAUCGGUCGUCCGUUCAGACAGUUUUUCCUGCUCAAAUAUUGAUGACAGCAGCAGCCCUGUAAUCGACAACAACAUUCAAGACUGCUAACUGGAAUUGCUUCGAACCAUCACCAUCAAAAACGAAGAAACAUCCACAACAAAGUGCUGCCAGCAACAUAAACGUAAUCAGGAAUUUAAGCAAAACCAAAAAGAAACAUCAGGGACAGGAAGGAAUACACAGGGAGCAUGUUUAUGGAAUUGUCAUCGUUAGCGAGCAACUGACGCAACAGCUCAAGGCAUGUGGCAACAGCAGCAGCAGCAACAGCAGCAGCAGCAACACUGAGCGGCAGGAGCAGAAACACCUGGCAAGAGAAGCAACUGGGAGCAGGACAACCUCCGCGGACAGGUGGUGUGCUGCUGUAAAGCAGCACCAUAGCUGCCAUUAAAAUAGACGCCGCGGCGCAACAGCAACGCUGCCGUCGUCACAAUCAACGCCAGCGACAACACCACCCGCAUCAUCGCCAUCGCAGACGACGACGGCGCAGCAGCAGCAGCAGCAGCAGCAACAUCAGCAGCAACAGCAAUUGCAACAUCAGCAACUGCAGCAGCAGCGGGCUGUUGGGCGCAGUGGGCGUGGCCGGCAGCUGCCCAUUGCUCGCCACACAGCAACUAAUCGAGGAGCCGGGCAGCAGCAACAACACUGGCGACGACGAAGGCGGCGCAGCAGCAGCAGCAACAACGCAGCAGCAACACUGCAACCUGCAGCAUCAGCAAUACGGUCGACGGCGACGCUACGACGGCCUGUCAUCUGUAGGCAAUGCAACGCGCUGUGCAGCAACGGGUUGGACCUGGCCUAAGAUGGGUAGCGUGCUAUUCACAGCUGUAUUCAUAGCAUUACACUUUGCCACCGGCGGCCUGGCCAACCCAGAUGCGAAGCGACUCUACGACGACCUGCUGAGCAACUACAAUCGCCUCAUCCGACCCGUGGGCAACAACUCGGACCGCCUCACCGUCAAGAUGGGUCUGCGCCUCUCCCAGCUGAUCGAUGUGAAUCUGAAGAAUCAAAUUAUGACAACCAAUGUCUGGGUGGAACAGGAAUGGAACGACUAUAAAUUGAAAUGGAAUCCGGAUGACUAUGGCGGCGUGGACACGUUGCACGUUCCCUCCGAGCAUAUAUGGCUACCGGAUAUUGUGCUCUAUAACAACGCCGAUGGCAACUAUGAAGUGACAAUAAUGACAAAAGCAAUUCUUCAUCACACGGGCAAAGUGGUGUGGAAACCGCCCGCCAUUUACAAAUCCUUCUGCGAAAUUGAUGUCGAGUACUUUCCCUUCGACGAGCAGACAUGUUUCAUGAAGUUCGGCUCCUGGACCUACGAUGGUUACAUGGUGGACUUGAGGCACUUGAAGCAGACCGCCGACUCGGACAACAUCGAGGUGGGCAUCGACCUGCAGGACUACUACAUCUCCGUGGAGUGGGACAUCAUGCGGGUGCCGGCGGUGCGGAACGAGAAGUUCUACAGCUGCUGCGAGGAGCCGUAUCUGGACAUAGUGUUCAACCUGACGCUCCGCCGGAAGACGCUCUUCUACACGGUCAACCUGAUCAUACCCUGCGUGGGCAUCUCGUUCCUGUCCGUUCUGGUCUUCUACCUGCCCAGCGACUCUGGCGAGAAGAUCUCGCUCUGCAUCAGCAUCCUGCUCUCGCUCACCGUGUUCUUCCUCCUGCUGGCCGAGAUCAUUCCGCCCACCUCGCUGACGGUGCCGCUGCUGGGAAAGUAUCUGCUCUUCACCAUGAUGCUGGUCACCCUCUCCGUCGUGGUCACCAUCGCCGUGCUCAAUGUGAAUUUUAGAUCCCCUGUCACGCAUCGUAUGGCGCCCUGGGUGCAGCGCCUCUUCAUCCAGAUCCUGCCUAAGUUGCUCUGCAUCGAGCGGCCCAAGAAGGAGGAGCCCGAGGAGGACCAGCCGCCCGAGGUGCUCACCGAUGUCUAUCACCUGCCGCCGGAUGUGGACAAGUUUGUCAACUACGAUUCGAAGCGUUUCAGCGGCGACUACGGCAUUCCAGCACUACCCGCUUCGCAUCGCUUCGAUUUGGCGGCGGCGGGCGGGAUUAGCGCCCACUGUUUCGCGGAACCGCCGCUGCCCUCCUCACUGCCACUCCCGGGCGCCGACGACGAUCUGUUCAGCCCGUCGGGCCUCAACGGAGACAUCAGUCCCGGCUGCUGCCCGGCCGCUGCAGCCGCCGCUGCCGCUGCCGCCGCCGCCGAUCUCAGUCCCACGUUCGAGAAGCCCUACGCCCGCGAAAUGGAGAAGACCAUCGAGGGAUCCCGCUUCAUCGCGCAGCACGUGAAGAACAAGGAUAAGUUUGAGAGUGUGGAAGAGGACUGGAAGUACGUUGCCAUGGUAUUGGAUCGUAUGUUUCUGUGGAUCUUCGCGAUCGCUUGCGUGGUCGGCACAGCGCUGAUUAUCCUGCAGGCUCCCAGCUUGUACGACCAAUCGCAGCCGAUCGAUAUACUCUACUCGAAGAUUGCCAAGAAGAAGUUCGAGCUGCUCAAAAUGGGCAGCGAGAACACCUUAUAGCGACCACUUGGGUUCGCGGCUGGCUGGUGGAAUCUAAUCAUCAGCUCGCUGCGGACCCUGUUCGCCGCUCGCGACGAUGAUCGUGGAUAAUAUACGAUGAGCCAAACCAUGAGUAUUUCCUCGGCGUUGUACAACACUAACAGCAGCAUCAGUAUGAGCAACGCCAGUGGCAGUGGCAGUGUCAUCGGUAGUGUUGCAAAGGUUAUUGUAAGUAGUGCUGGCAGCACCAACGAAACGGAUGACUCGUGGAGCCCAUCGUAAAUAUGCGCGAGGCGAGUGAAGUGAACAUUGCGAAAUGAAUUGAGAUACAAUCGAAUGGAGGCAAGUUUUUGGAGCAGUUGAUCAAAAUAUGUAUGUAAUGUAAUUUGAUGGAGUUGUAGUGUUGAUUAACCGUGAAAGUGCUGGACAGCGACGCAAGCCACAAGAUCGCUGCGGAGCGGAGCUUAGUUUGUAAGUUUUUUGAUGUACUUGAUGUAUGAUUGUGUGGUCGAAGAAGUUUACGUGGUUCCCGAACCAGUGUUGUAAAAAGCGUAUGGAGUUUUGUAAGUUAUAUUGUAUUUUUGAGCGCCAAAAAGUUCCUUGUUACAUCUUUUAGUUUUAAAGUUCCACACAACACAAAACAACAAAGCAAACCAAAAGAAGCAAAAACAAAUGAAAAUGUUUUAAAAUUGCAUUUUAAAUUUAAAUCUGACUGCAUGUGUUCAGUGCGUGAGUGUGGGUGCUUCUGCAGAAGACUGUGUGAGUGUGUGCGUGCCACAAUAUACAUAUGAAGAAGAAAAUCAAUUUUAAUGGUUUAUUUAUUUGUGCAUAUUUUUCGCAUUAUUUUUAGCAGAGCAAAAACAAAACACUGAAGAAAUGCGCCCACGCAAAUGGGUACAAUUAAAUCGCAUUGAAUUCAAAUCUAUUUUUAGCAUAAAUAAGUGAAGUUAAUACGAUAAACUACAUUUAAUUAGCCAAUAAGUCGUAACUAGUGGUAGCUAAGCAAAUCUAGUAUUGAAUUAAAUUGAAUAUUAAAACAAACACGAGGUCCGACAAAUCGGCUCGUAAGAAGCGCGAAAUUCUGAAAUAAAUUUAGUUGAAUGUCGAUA